AUGGACACUGCCUCUUCAAUUGGUGCGGACGGGCUUAGCGGACCAGCAUCGAUGAUGAACCUCUCGAUACCUCCUGGUCGGAGACGGGCAAAUACAAAAACUGGCCGACCACCGCCGAGCCCGAAUAUGUCCGUGGGCAAGCCGCCAGGUGCGAAAGAGGGCUUCAGGAGAACAUAUUCGUCUGCCUCGAUCAAGGUGCGCCAGGUUGAAGUGGGCCCGAGUAGUUUUCAGAAGAUUAAGCUGCUGGGGCGGGGAGACGUGGGAAAAGUAUAUCUCGUGAGGGAGAAAAAGUCGUCCAAGCUGUAUGCGAUGAAAGUCUUGUCGAAGAAAGAGAUGAUAGAGCGAAAGAAGAUCAAGCGUGCCCUGGCCGAGCAGGAAAUCCUCGCUACUGCAAAUCACCCAUUCAUCGUCACGCUGUACCACUCCUUCCAGUCUGAAGACUUUCUCUAUUUCUGUAUGGAAUACUGCAUGGGCGGCGAGUUCUUCCGUGCGUUGCAGAACAAGCCCGGAAAGUGUCUCAAAGAGGAUGAGGCGCGUUUCUACGCUGCAGAGGUAGUCGCAGCUCUCGAAUACCUGCACCUUAUCGGCUGUGUGUAUCGGGACCUCAAACCCGAAAAUAUCCUUCUCCACCAGUCCGGGCACAUCAUGCUCUCAGAUUUUGACCUGGCCAAGCAACACACGUCCGUUGGUGGUCGGCCGGCCGGUGUUCUCCGUACCGACCCGAAUGGGCCUCCGCUCGUUGAUACCCGGACCUGUAUCUCGGACUUCCGAACGAACUCCUUUGUCGGCACGGAAGAGUACAUCGCUCCGGAGGUCAUUAACAACAAGGGCCACACCGCGGCGGUGGACUGGUGGACACUGGGGAUCCUCAUCUACGAAAUGAUCUUUGCGACAACCCCUUUCAAGUCCAACAACCGUCUCAACACCUUCACAAACGUUCUCAAUGCCGACCCGUGGUUCCAUCCCAAUGCGCCGGUUUCCCCCGCCUGCAAAGAUAUCAUCUUCCGACUCCUUGACAAGCACGAGAGUACCCGACUAGGAAGCCGGUCCGGCGCGAGCGAAGUCAAGAACCACAAAUGGUUCAGCAAGAUCAACUGGGCACUUCUUCGCAACCAAACUCCACCGAUCGUGCCUUCCACCUCGAAUGGCAUCGACGCCGUCAACUUCCGCAUGAUGCGUGACUCCAAGUCACUAGACCUCGAGAGCCAGGUCAUCGCUGCCACCGCGGGACGGCCGGUACCGGGCACGCCGGGGCUGAACGAGCCUGACGGGAUGGACAUUGGCAAGUCCUCAUCCCAGGAAGAUCUCUUCCAGGGAUUCUCCAGCAUCACCUUGCUGCAUGAUGGCGAAGCAUAA